AUGGCGGCGGAGGGUGACGAAGUGAUAUCGGAUCAGGAAAAAGUUAGAAUUGUGUCGGAUUUUAUUUUACAUUCUCCUCCGGGUGAAUUCAAUGAAGUGUUCAACGAUGUGAGAGUAUUAUUGAAUAACGACACAUUGCUCAAGGAGGGUGCGAGUGGUGCUUUUUCGCAAUACAACAAGGAUCAACUCACACCCGUGCGUCUUGAAGGCUCCGAACUUCAUACGCUUAUUACAGACCAUAAUGAGCUUGGUGGUGGUCGAUUCUUUGACCCUCGUUCAAAGCGGUCCUUUAAAUACGAUCACCUACGAAAGGAUGCGUCAGAAUACGAGCCAUAUGAACCCGAUAAGGUGGCGGAGCCCUGGCGGGCCGCUCUAGAUGUAGAGUUGACCAAUUACGUCGCUGAGCACUACAAACACGGCGCUAGUUUAGUCGUGGGACGAGCAUUAGAGUCUGGAUCGGUUUCGCUUGUUGCUUGUAUCGAAGACCACCAGUUCCAGCCUAAAAACUAUUGGAACGGGCGGUGGAGAUCUGUCUGGUCGCUAACGGUGGGCAGUGGUGCAGCCGAACUGCGUGGUAUGCUACGAGUGCAAGUACAUUACUAUGAGGAUGGUAAUGUACAGUUGGUUAGUUCAAAAGAGGUCCGUGCACCUCUCGUAGCGACAGGUGAAGUAGCCACUGCGAAAGAGUUCGUAAGACUUGUCUGUGAUGCGGAAAAUGCCUACCAGACAGCAAUAUCGGAUAAUUACAAGACUAUGAGCGACACAACAUUUAAGGCAUUGCGACGACAGCUGCCAGUAACACGCAGUAAGAUUGAUUGGGCACGCUUGGUGUCAUACACAAUUGGUAAGGAGCUGAAGAGCCAAUGA